GUUGUUGUUACUCCACGUCGUUGAUUUUCACAAGUGUUCACGCUCGAAAAGGGCUCAUUUUGCAGCCGGUAACUCAGAAAGGAGCGGUGCAUCUAAUAACGGUGCCGAAAAAAGCUUAUCUUCUAAAUCGCAAUGCCACACGUUGCAUCCCAUGUAGCCUAUAAGCACACGCACACGCACAACAAGCAAGAGAACGAUUACGGAGACGCGAUUUUUAAAAUUUAGUUGCUGAGGAACACAGCAUGUCCGAUGCUCCUCCUCCACACGUUGAGGGAGACGCAACGCAACGCUUCUAUCACAAGCAGCGCACGUGUGGUGAGCCGACAGUUCACGCCGCCCUUGCAUCGUGCUCUCCUCACGACUCCCUCAGCGCAUCCGCACCCUUCGCGCAAGAUGCCGCUCUGGACAGCCUCGAGGCUUUUCUGAAUAGUCGCGAAGAAGAUGCGCUGGAGCUGCUCGCAACUUUCACACAACUAACGGAGCAGGAUAAGGUCAAAGCGCUGGCUCAACUCGAAGGUGAGGUGCCUUCCGAAGACGGCGGCAACAAGAGCGAUCCCAGUGGAGCGUCAAACACCCCAGCGAGGAAGCCUGCCGCAAGCUACGCUGAGGUACGCCGCCGCCUGCAGGAACGAGAACGGGAGCGUCAACGCGCUGAGCAGCAGCAGCAACAGCAGCGUGGCAAAGAAACGUCCGUACGGUACGUUGAUGCAAGCAACGGCGUUUCCUACGCCGACACAGUGUUCACACAUUGCGCAGGCAAUCCCGGCUGCGUUGAGGCGGAGGAGGAUGUGCUGGUCACGGUGGAGCUGGGGGAAGGCACGCAUACGGGAAACCUGGUCGCCUUCUUUGACAGCGGCGUCACUGACGUGUCGACCAGUUUCGAUAAUUUUUUCACGGAAACUGCUGCGGUGGUCGCGCCUGCUGCCUGUGGGGGUGCCGUUCACAGUACGGGAACACCAACUUUUUCUCCGUGCACCAGCUCUCGCAUCGUGCCCACCGCAUCCUGUGCGCCUCUCACGUUGGACGAAAUUUUAGCUGUGGACUGCGAAGGAGAGAGGGCUGAUUCGCUGCCCAAAAUCACUGCCUCUAAAGCUUUUGCGCACCGCGCAGCUGAAGCCCCUCAAGCGGAGAUUGGUACUGAAGCGGUGGACGAGGGACACGACAAUGGACGGGGUGCCUCUGCUUCAACCUCUUCAUCCUCUUCAUCUUCUCUUUCUGAUGUGAGCAGCGUGUCGCUUCCAGGUCUACACGAUAGCGACGAUACCCAUGUGGAGGGCGUACGCACGCAGCACAUUGCAGAAAAGACAAAGGCUGAGGCGCUUCGCUUUGAACUGGCGGCCGACCUUCAUGAGGUGAUCGCGGAGCAUGAUGACUGUGUGCAGCCUUUCGCUCUCGAUCCGCUGUUCGACUACGAUGCGGACAUCUUCGGAGAAGCGUUCCGGACGGAAAGGGCGUGGAGACAGUAA